AAUUGCAGGAGCUUGGUAUUGAUGCUGAUUUAUGCGGACCGGGGCAAUACUACCGCUUGCUUUGUCCAAAUUGCAAUGGUGGUGAUUCAGAAGAAAGGAGCUUAUCUCUUUUCAUCACGCAAGAUGGAGGGGCUGCUUUAUGGAUGUGCUUCCGUGCAAAAUGUGGUUGGAAGGGCAGCACAAAGGCAGUUGCUGGUGGCCAGUCAUUGAAGCAUGUACCGAAAACUAAGAAAAAGAGAGAACUUUCUGAGUCAGAAUUGAUGCUAGAACCCCUUUGUGAUGAGCUGAUUGCUUAUUUCGCAGAACGUUUGAUUUCGAAGGAGACUCUACUAAGAAAUGGUGUUAGGCAGAGAAUGUUUAGCGAUCAGAUUGUUAUUGCAUUUCCAUAUCGUCGUCAAGGAGAUCUUGUUAGCUGCAAGUAUCGGGACAUCAACAAAAAAUUUUGGCAGGAAGCUGACACUGAAAAGAUAUUUUAUGGAUUGGAUGAUAUUGAAGGGCAAAGUGAUAUUAUCAUUGUUGAAGGUGAAAUGGACAAACUUGCAAUGGAAGAAGCUGGCUUUCGCAAUUGUGUGAGUGUUCCUGAUGGUGCGCCUGCAACAGUCUCCUCAAAGGAGUUGCCACCUGAGGAGAAGGACAUUAAGUAUCAAUAUCUUUGGAACUGCAAAGAUUAUAUUAAGGGGGCAUCACGCAUUAUACUUGCAACUGAUGGAGAUCUACCUGGUCAAGCCUUAGCUGAAGAACUUGCUCGUCGUAUUGGGAAAGAAAGAUGCUGGCGGGUCAAGUGGCCAAGGAAAUCUGGGUCGGUUAAUUUCAAAGAUGCAAAUGAGGUUCUCAUGUAUUUAGGUGCUGAUGCACUGAGGGAAACAAUUGAGAAUGCAGAAUUAUAUCCAAUACGUGGAUUGUUUAACUUCAGGGACUUCUUUGAUGAGAUUGAUGCAUAUUAUCAUCGAACCUUAGGUUACGAAUUUGGUAUCUCAACAGGGUGGAGUAAUCUUGAUGAUUUAUACAAUGUUGUGCCAGGGGAGUUAACUAUCGUAACAGGGGUCCCCAAUUCAGGGAAGAGUGAGUGGAUUGAUGCUCUUUUGUGUAAUCUCAAUCAAAUUGCUGGUUGGAAAUUUGCACUUUGCUCUAUGGAGAACAGGGUUAGGGAGCAUGCACGGAAACUUUUAGAAAAGCACUUAAAGAAACCUUUCUUUGAUGCACGUUAUGGCGAAUCUGUUGAACGUAUGAGUAUGGAGGAGUUUGAACAUGGGAAGACCUGGUUAAGUGAUACUUUUCAACUCAUACGGUAAGUCUAUUGGUGGCUUGGUUGCA